CUUUAAUCACUCAACGUCACAACCAAAGAAAAAAAAAAUCUCAACUUUAAAAAACUAUUUCAAUCCCAUUCACUUCACAUAACACAACCCUCUUCUUCUUCUUCUCUCUCUUAUCAUUUCGUCCUUCACAAGUGAAUCACAAACUUUUCUUCCUUUAACCAAGUUCCAAUCUUGAACUUAAAUAUCCUCUAUUUCCCCGGUUUCAAUUAAUGGGUAUUCGCUAAUUCAUCCAAAAACUUCAUCAACUCGUUUUCUUCCCACCUUUUGAUUCAAUCAUGGAACUUAUUUCCGGUUUGCCCGAAGACUUGGCCCGAGACUGUUUGAUUCGGGUCUCAUACCAACAAUUCCCAACGGUGGCAUCGGUUUGCAAAAACUGGAAAGAGGAGGUUGAGUCGCCGGAGUUUCGCCGUCAACGCCGGCGCACCGGCAUCUCACAGAAGCUCAUCGUGAUGGUUCAAGCACGAUGUGACCCGGAUAAUGAACCCGGAUCCGGUUCAUCAAAGCGAUUAUAUAACCCAGUUUACCGUCUCAGCGUGUUCGAACCGGUAACCGGUAACUGGAGCGAGUUGCCUCCUCCACCGGAGUUUGAAUCCGGGCUACCCAUGUUUUGUCGGGUCGCUAGCGUUGGGUCGGAGCUUAUCCUAUUGGGCGGGUUAGACCCAAAUACAUGGAAGGCUUCUGAUUCCGUUUUGAUUUAUAACUUCAUUACCGCGAAGUGGCGCCGGGGGACUCACAUGCCUGGUGGGUCCCGCAUGCUCUUUGCAUGCGUGUCAGACUCGCGGCGAAUGGUAUUCGUCGCCGGUGGACACGACGACGAGAAAAAUGCACUGCGAUCCGCGCUGGCGUAUGACGUGGCAGAGGAUAAGUGGAUAUCCCUGCCCGACAUGGCGGCGGAGCGCGACGAGUGCACGGCCUUGUUCCGCCACGGGCGACUGGCUGUCAUCGGUGGUUAUCGGACGGAAACGCAGGGUGUGUUUGAAAGGAGCGCGGAGGUUUUUGACGUUGCCACGUGGCAGUGGGGUCCAGUGAUGGAGGAGUUUUUGGAUUGCGCCACGUGUCCGAGAAACUCGACGGACGGUGGUGAUGUGGACGGGAGAGUGAUCAUGUGUUGCGGCGAGGAGAUAAAAUCGAGGCAGGGUGGCACGUGGCAGAAGAUGGGGAAGGUGCCGGUGGAGAUACGGAACGUGGCGUACGUUGGAGCGUUGGAUGGAUGUGCCGUGGUGAUUGGAUCCAACGGUCACGGAGAGGCGCAUGAAAGUUUCGUGUUUGAUUUGAAGAGUUGUAAUUGGAGAAAGGUUGAAACCCCAGAAAAAUUCAGGGGGCAUGUCCAAACAGGUUGUGUUUUGGAGAUUUAAGAGAUUUUACUUUUUGCUUUUUGUCUUCUUUUUUCUUUUCUAUAUUUACAGAAAAUAUAUAUAGUGUAUAGAUGCUUUCCUAUGUGAAUAUGAGAGAGAAUUUUGUUUUUUUUUUC